AUUCUACCAAAAUGGAACAUUGAAUCACUCGGGUAUCUUAUAAUUUACUUUGUGUUUGGUUUUCAAAGUGGACAGGGCUAUUGGGGAAAACACUUCUUGAUUUUCAUCCAUCAAAGGAGAAGUUCUUCCAGCACACAAAGAUGUGAUGUGGUAUGAAAGAAGUAUGACAAGAAGACAACACAGAUUGAAUGAAGGUGAAGCUGAGAUUUGAUAUUUCUCUUGAGAGAUGAGUCCAAGCUUCUGACAUUAGAAUUAUUACAUUACCCCAUAUUCUGUGCAGGUACCAAAGAGUAUAUUGUGCUCUAGCUAGUCAGUUGUCUGUGCUUGCUCUACUUCCAUUCCCUUCAGGAAUUAACCAAUGUAUGGAUGGUUUGUUCUCUCAAAUUUCAAUUAUUUUUUAGUUUGUCUUACUAAAGAUGUUGCGAUGCAAUAAGGACAGUCUAAGGAAUGUGGAAAUCUCAACUUCUGAUGGUUUCCAAGGUCAAGAGAAAGAAGCCACUAUUAUUUCCAUUUUUUGGUCAAACCAUGCCAAAGAGGUAGUCUAAGCUAUUGUUCCAACUCUUUUUUCCUUUGGUAGAACUCUAAAUUGGAAAUAAAAUUGUAUCAUUUUGAUAUGUUUGGCUGGGGUUUUUAAGUGACCAUGGAUGAAUAUGAAUGUGGUUGCAACACAAGCAAGAAGAAAUUGUUGCCUAGUCUGUGACACUGAAACAUUAAGAAGUGAUGGAUUCUUCAAAUGAUUCGUUGAGUACUUGAAGGAGCAUGGCGAGUAUAUAAGUGGCUCAAAAUACAACAUGUACAAGUAAAGAUCCUGAUGCGAU